UUGUUGACCAACAAUUAUUUUUAUUAUCCGAAAAUGCAGAAUUUAUUAAAUUUUUACAAGAACUUGACCCCCGUUACCGUCUUCCCUGUCACCAAACACUCUCAACUUGGGCCAACACGAUUAUUGAACUUUUAAAAGAAAUGGGCAUCGGCCAAAAACUUUUAGAGAUCACGACCGAUAACGCUGCCAAUAUGCUUGCGAUGGGACGUGUUCUAAAAGAAAAAAUGAAUAAUGAAUUUAGUAAUCCAAAUGUACAACAUUUUCAUU